AUGCGUACUAGAAGUGGUCAAUACGGCGAACAGUCGUCCUCAGACGGCUUCGUCAUGGUGGACGAGAUGCCAGGUCUUCCUCUCCAACCACAAUUCAACGUUGGUCAAGAGAAGACAUCCAUCCAACUGCACCCCCUUGACAAAGAAGACGCCUUCAUUGUGUGUGUCCGACCUCCAAUGGCGCCGGCGACUCUCGAGCGUGCGCCUUGCGAUAUUGUGCUGGUUAUCGAUGUGUCCAGUAGCAUGACCGCCGCGGCGCCUCUGCCCAUGGUUCAAGACAUCGACGAAAGAGAAUCGACAGGCUUGAGUAUUCUUGAUUUGACCAAACAUGCUGCGCAGACAGUACUCGAGAGGCUGAACGAAAAAGACAGGCUUGGAAUUGUGGCUUUUUCCAGAGACGCGAAGGAAAUCUUCAAGGUCUUUUCAUUCUGA